AUGACUUCGAGAGGCGAAAAGAGGGUUAAUGACAAACGUGACAGGACACGUGAUCGAAUUAAGAGAAAAAAAACAUUGGAUGAACUUAUUAGCAUCACUGAUGCCAAUGCAAUUGAUAAUAUAAUCGGGCAAACUUAUAAAGAUUUAAAUAUUUCGGUAAAACAUUUGUCGAGGACUCGUAAGCCGUCCCCUUCAAAAUUGCGACGCGAAAAAGAGCUUCUGUUCAAAAUGAAUAGUUACACGAAGUUGAGAAAAAAUCGAGAAGAAUUUCGUCGCUAUUUAGUUAAAAUGAUAAUAGAGCAGGAGUUGGAAGACAAUCCUGAGUCUGAGAUAAAUGAGGAGAAAGUAAUGAGUGCGGAUGGUAAAGAUGAUUUAUUGAAGUAUUAUUACUAUAUAAUGUACGGUAUUGAUGAUGUACAUGUCGCUCCGAUGGAGGCGGAGUUGCUGGCGAGGAUUUUGAACCUCGUGCCUCAAAAAUGGAAGAAGAAAUUCAGAGGUGUUCUCGAUAGAGUUAUUGGUCAUAUUAAGGAAGACUAUGCGAUGAGUUUAAAGAAGUCGAUUGUUGAUUUUGUGCUUCAAGAUCCGUUGAAAGAUGACUUUGGAGUUUAUGAAAGCAAGGAUGCAACGACAAAAGAGAGACAUGAAAUAAAAAACUUCUCACCAUCCUUUAGCAGCAGGUACAAAAAAAUAAGACUAAAGUUACAAAAAAUUAUCAUCCUCUAUCAUCCAUGCAUGAAAAAAGCAUCAGAAUUAUGGCACCAAGAAUUUAGCACCUUGAGAUUAAUUGACAGAGAAAAAUUAGAGUCUGAAUGUAAGCCGUUCGAUUUAUCAGCGUUCGAGCUAACAUUUACAAAUAUGGUACAAAAAACGAUAAGUGUUCUGUGCAAAGUAUGGUUACCCAAACUCGUUAGUAUUUUUACCGCAGGAGCGAAAAAAGGGCUUUUGCCUAUCGAUUAUGACGAGCCUAAUAUAACCAGAUUUUUUAGCUGCCUCGCUUAUAUUAUGAAAAGCCAACUACGUUGUCUUUGUUUGCUAUCGAUGGAAGAUUAUAUAAAUUUUUUCUUCAAUAUAAAUUUAGUUGUAAGAAGUAAGACAAUUGGAUUUGAUCCCUCGUUCAAGGCUUUUACGGACAUAUUACUUUUUCUAUUGACGUCGCUGUACAAAGCCGUCUGUGGGUACCCUUGUAUAGAAAGGAAACUCUACAGCAGCUAUAUUUCAUCUAAAAAGUCAUUAAAACCAACAAUACAUUCCGAAAUCCUCGAGCGUUACGAGCAACAAAUAGUAGAAUUAAUUCAAGAACAUCGUAUCGGCCCGGAACUCCAAGUUCAACAGUUCGACAAAUAUAUUUCUCUCAUAAAUAACACAGACGAGGAGUUUGUGAAAAAGUUUCUGAAUGCUGAAGUACCCAAAAGUUUCACCGAAUAUGCGGAAUUGAUAGAGAAGUACGACCAACUUGGAAAGAAUAUUCCGAUUGAAUUCGACCGGACAUUUUUCUUGGGAUUAUUUGAUGUCCAUCGCGAUGAGUUGAUGGAAUAUAUGGCCAAGUCCGCGACUAUUUUGAAAAAUAGUUUGAUCGAUCGGAUGAUCGAUGACUAUCAAUUAAAAUCAAGAGUAAUCGGUGAAGACUAUGAAAGCAUUGCGGAAAAAGCGCUAGGUACACCGGCAACAACCAGAGAGCUAAUGGAUUUGAAAGCCUUCGUGGUAAAAGCUGAAACUGAAAUGAUUAUCGACUUGGAAAAUCGCUUGAGGGAGAUAAUCAAAUACGUGCAAUUUCUGUCUGAUUACACACUUUUGACACCUGUUGAACUGAAAACCAAUAAUUUUGCAUUUCAAUGGUAUCACAAAAUGCAAGGGAUUUUUGAGGAGCAUAGAAAAAUAGUAGAAGCCAAAACUGGAGAGUAUCAGGAAGCAUUGCUGGCGAGAAUUGAAAAGUUCAAACAGGAUUUAAAGAUUUGGGAAAAGUAUUGUGAUGAAAUGCAGUACUGGGGAAACGUCGACGAGAUAUUUCGGUAUCGGAAAAAAGCGACUAAUUUAGAAAACCGUCUCGUGGGGGCUAUGAAUACUAUUGACGAGUUUAAUGAGGAAGAACAGAUGUAUGGUUGGCAGAUGUCUGAGUAUCCGCUACGAAAAAAGAUAGCUGACAAAUUAUCUCCUUACAAAAAAUUUUAUGACAUCGCCUGCGAUUUCAUUUCUCAACACGAAUUGUGGAUGGGAUCAAUGAUCGGCAGCCACGACCCUGAGACAAUUGAAAACGAUUCUGGCACUGCUUAUCGCAGUAUAAUGAAAUUGGAAAAAUCGUUCCAAGAAUUGACAGUUCGUAAGCUCGCUGAAGUGGUCAGAGUAAAAAUAGAAGAGUUCCGUGAGCAUAUGCCGCUUAUUUCAAAUUUGGGAAAUCCGGGCAUGAAAAGCCGCCACUGGACACAAGUUUCUGAAAUCGUUGGAUUUCCGAUAAAAGUUGACGAAAAUAUGACUUUGGCGAGAAUUAUUGACUUUGGAUUGGACGAAUACGUGCCUAAAUUUGAGGGAAUAUCAGAAGCAGCGACCAAAGAAAGCAAUCUAGAAAAAGCAUUGUUGAAAAUGCAUGCCGACUGGACUAGUGUUGAAUUCACAGUGAAUCCAUACAGAGAUACGGGUACGUAUGUUAUUGCCAGUGUUGAUGAAAUACAGCUGCAAUUGGACGAUCAUUUGACGAAAGCUCAAACCAUGAAGAAUUCACUUUACAUCAAACCAUUUGAAAAGGAGACCUUGGAAUGGGAAGCCAAAUUAUAUUUAUUGCAAGAUAUAAUGGAUUACUGGCUGAAAGUUCAAGCAACUUGGAUGUACUUAGAGCCAAUAUUUUCCUCUCCGGACAUUCAACAGCAAAUGCCUGAAGAAGGUCGACGUUUUAGUGCCGUUGAUAAAAUUUGGAGGGAUAUCAUGAACUCGGUAAUGCAAGAUCCAAAAGUAAUGUCAGUUGUGGAAAUCGACAAAAUGUUAGAUCGCUUGAAAAAAUGCACGGGGCUGCUAGACUUGAUCCAAAAAGGUCUAAAUGAUUAUUUGGAAAAGAAGCGCCUGUUUUUUCCACGUUUUUUCUUUCUGUCCAAUGAUGAGCUGCUGGAAAUUUUAUCCGAGACCAAAGACCCAACGCGAGUCCAGCCACAUCUGAAAAAAUGUUUCGAGGGAAUAGCCAAACUUGCUUUCACAGAGUCUAUGGAAAUAACGACAAUGGAAUCAUCCGAAGGCGAAGCUAUUGUCCUGGAGGAUAAAAUAGAUACCGCGAGCACGCGCGGGCAAGUUGAAAAGUGGCUUGUCGAGCUUGAGAAUGACAUGAAGAAAAGCGUCCGAGCUCAAGUCAACAAUGCCCGAGAAGCGUACUUGACAAAAGAGAGAAGUAAGUGGGUCCUCGAGUGGCCAGGACAAACAAUUCUUUGCAUCGGGCAGCUUUAUUGGACUGCAAAUGUUACUGCAGCUUUUCCCCAAGGUCUCGAUGCACUGAAAGCUUAUAUAGACACUUGUAAUGAAGAACUCAAUCAUAUCGUUGAGCUUGUUCGCGGUGACUUAUCCAAACAAAACCGAACGACGCUCGAGGCUCUUAUUACAUUGGACGUCCACGCAAGAGAUGUUUUGGUGGAACUCUGGGGAAAAAAAGUCACUAAAGACACGGAUUUCAAAUGGCUUUGCCAACUCCGUUACUACUGGAUGGAGGAAAAUUUAGUUACUAUGAUGAUUAAUUCAUCGCUGAACUACGGGUAUGAAUAUCUGGGGAAUACAUCCCGUCUUGUUAUCACACCCUUGACUGACAGGUGUUACCGAACGUUAUUUGGAGCCCUGGCGCUACAUUUAGGUGGUGCGCCUGAAGGUCCUGCGGGAACUGGAAAAACAGAGACGACUAAGGAUUUAGCGAAAGCUAUUGCUAAACAAUGUGUUGUUUUCAAUUGUUCGGAUGGUUUGGAUUAUAUUGCUCUUGGAAAAUUUUUUAAGGGUUUAGCGGCAUCUGGUGCUUGGUCGUGUUUCGACGAGUUUAAUCGGAUUGAUCUGGAAGUUCUGUCGGUAGUAGCUCAACAAAUUUUAACCAUUCAACGAGCUAUUAAUUCUGAUAAAUCAAUACUUGUAUUCGAAGGCACUGAAUUGAAAUUAGAUCCAACUUGUGCUAUUUUUAUAACGAUGAAUCCUGGAUACGCCGGGCGGUCUGAGCUCCCGGAUAAUUUGAAAGCUCUUUUCCGUUCUGUUGCUAUGAUGGUACCAGAUUACGGAUUGAUUGCAGAAAACACUCUUUACUCUUAUGGUUUUUACAAAGCGAGACAACUGUCUAUAAAAAUUGUAAUGGCCUAUCAAUUAUGCUCAGAACAACUGUCAAGUCAAAGUCACUACGAUUACGGAAUGAGAGCCGUAAAGUCCGUAUUAAUAGCAGCUGGUAAUCUUAAAUUAAAAUAUCCAAAUGAAGAUGAAGAUAUUUUGAUGCUGCGCAGUAUUAAAGAUGUCAAUCUUCCGAAAUUUUUGAAUCAUGAUCUUCCUUUAUUUAAUGCGAUUGCAUCAGAUCUGUUUCCAAAUAUAGUUCUACCAAAAUCAGACUACACAGAAUUGGACGAGUGCAUCACAGAAGCUUGCGAUCGACUAAACAUACAAUGCGUUCCACUGUUUUUAGAAAAAAUUCAUCAAAUUUACGAGAUGAUGAUUGUCAGACACGGAUUUAUGAUUGUUGGUUUGCCUUUCAGUGGAAAAACUACCGCCUAUAAAGUACUAGCUUUGGCUCUUAAAUUUUGCGAGCAAAAAAGUGUACUUAAUGAACACAGAGUCGAGGUAUCAAUAAUUAAUCCCAAAUCGAUAACCAUGGGCGAAUUAUACGGUCAAUUUGACCCAGUAUCUCAUGAAUGGAGUGACGGAAUUCUGGCGAUUAAUUAUCGAAUAUUCGCGACAUCCUCCAAUGAUAAUCGCAAGUGGCUUGUGUUUGAUGGACCUGUUGAUGCGGUGUGGAUUGAAAACAUGAACACUGUGUUGGACGAUAACAAGAAGCUGUGUCUUAUGAGUGGCGAAAUAAUACAAUUGUCACCAACCACCAAUUUGAUAUUUGAACCGAUGGAUCUUGAAGCUGCAUCUCCCGCUACUGUAUCAAGAUGUGGAAUGAUCUAUAUGGAGCCACUUGCUCUUGGCUGGGAGCCUCUAUUGAAGUCGUGGAUUGCAACUGUACCGGAAAAACUUGGAGAUUAUUUGAAGCAGUUUUUGUACGAGUCACUGUUUGUGAGGUUUUGUAAUCCGCUGUUUCAUUUGAUAAGGCGUGGAGGAUUUAAGAUAAUGUGCACAGAAUCAAAUAUUCUGAGGUCAAUCACUUACUUAAUGGACUGUUUCAUAGACGAUUAUCGUAUUGAGGUUGAUGAAAAAGAAAGCGGAACACCUAGUGUUAAGCUCAGUGAACUAGAUCUUAGAGCUCAAGUUGAAGGUUCAUUUUUCUUCUCAUGCAUUUGGGCAAUGGGUGGUACGCUGGAGUCAAAAGGUCGAGAGCAAUUCAGUCUUCUCUUCCGUGGACUACUCGAAAAAGAAUUCCCCAUAAAUCUCCAAGAAUUGUUCAACCUUGAUAAAAUUUCCCCUCCGACAAAACCCUACAUCUUCAUAAUGCCCAAAGACGGACUGGUAUUUGACUACAGAUUUAUAAAAGAGGGUAAAGGAAAGUGGAAACUUUGGUCCGACGAGCUGUUGAAUGCAGCUCCCAUACCUAGAGACAUUCCAGUAAAUCAAAUAAUUGUCCCAACCGUCGAGACAAUUAGAUACACAACUCUGUUCCAAUUGUUAGUCCAGCAUUCCAAGCCGGUUUUAUUCAUCGGACCCACUGGAACUGGAAAAUCUGUGUACAUUACAGACUUUCUGCUAAAGAAAAACGACACCAACAUAUUCAAGCCGCUUUUGAUAAACUUUUCCGCUCAAACAUCUGCUAACCAAGUGCAGGAAAUUAUAAUGAGCAAACUAGAUAAGCGACGGAAAGGUGUCUACGGCCCACCAAUUGGCAAACGGUGGGUUGUCUUUGUUGAUGACGUUUCAAUGCCAUUGACAGAAGUUUAUGGGGCUCAGCCGCCUAUUGAAUUGCUAAGGCAACUUUUGGAUCAUUCGCAAUGGUAUGACAAAAAAGAAAAAACCGCUAUAAAAUUAAUUGAAGUGCAAUUGAUCUGCGCAAUGGGAACUCCAGAGAAUGGAGGUAGAGAUGUGACACCAAGAUUUAAAAGACACUUUUUUACAUUAUCAAUAUCUGAGUUUGAAAACCAAGUAAUGAUCUCGAUAUUCAGCAAAAUAAUCCUCUGGCAUCUAGAUACAAGAGGGUUCAGUAAAGAAUUUGAUCCUUGCAUCAAUCAAGUUGUCCUCGCGACUCUUGAUGUUUACCAAGAAAGCCUAAAAAAUUUGCUACCGACUCCAUCAAAGUCGCAUUAUCUGUUUAAUUUACGCGACUUUUCACGAGUUAUUCAAGGCGUUCUACUGUCAGUGCCAGAGUCAAUGCCAACUUUGUCUUGUAUGAAGAGACUGUGGGUCCAUGAAAUCCUACGAGUGUUUGGCGAUCGAUUGAUUGAUGAACAAGACACCACUUGGCUAAUUAAACAGCUUCGUUCCACUGUCGAGAGACACAUGGAAGCGAGCUUUGAUGCUCUUUUUGAGGAUUUAGCAGAAAAUUCAAACGAUAUUAUUGGUGAAAAAGAGUUGAGAAAAUUAAUUUACUGUGACUUUAUCGAUCCUAAAGCGGAUGUAAGAUUGUACAGAGAAAUUCAAGAUUUAGAAUUGCUUAAAUCUAUUGUUGAGGGUUAUUUGAUUGAAUACAAUUCGAUGACGAAGAAACCUAUGAAUUUAGUGCUUUUCAGGUUCGCAAUAGAACAUAUCUCGAAAAUGGCUCGAAUAAUAAAACAACCACGAAGCCAUGCUCUCAUUGUUGGAGUAGGCGGUUCAGGAAGACAAUCCUUGACACGACUGGCAUCUCACAUUUGCGGAUAUGAAUUGUCCCAAGUAGAACUUACUAAAAACUACGGUCUUCAUGAAUGGCACGAAGAUCUGAAAAAAAUUCUGAAAAAAGCCACUGCUGGAGAAUUGAGCUCUACAUUUUUGUUCGCUGACAGUCAAAUUAAAAAUGAAGGUUUUCUUGAAGACAUUAGUAACGUGUUGAAUUCUGGAGAGGUUCCAAACUUAUUCAAUAACGAAGAAAAAGCAGAAAUUUGCGAAAAAAUGCGAAUGAUUGACCGACAACGGGAACGUGCGAUGCAAACAGACGGGAGUCUGGUGGCUUUAUUCAAUUUAUUCGUACAAAUAGCUAGAGAUCAAUUGCAUAUCGUCGUCGCAAUGUCGCCUAUUGGAGAUGGAUUCCGUAAUAGAAUACGAACUUUUCCAGCUCUCGUAAAUUGCUGCACUAUCGAUUGGCUCCAGCCAUGGCCGGAGGACGCAUUGUUGGCAGUAGCGACGCGAUUUUUGAGCGAAGUUAAAUUAACAGACCACGAGCGCAAUGGUGGAAUUGAAAUGUGUCAAUUUUUUCAUAUUUCUACUCAACUUUUGACAGAUGAAUUUUACACUAGAAUACAGAGAUACAAUUAUGUCACUCCAACAUCGUAUUUGGAGAUGAUAAAUACGUUCAAAGAGCUGCUAAAUAAUAAACGAAAAGAAAUAACUCUGGCUAAAAAUCGGUACGAGGGUGGAAUCGGCCGGUUAGUUUCAACACGUACUCAAGUUGCAGAAAUGCAAGAAACGCUUAAAGAGUUGCAGCCGAUGUUGGUGACAGCUGCACAAGAAGUGCAGAAAAUAGUUGCUACUGUCGAGAAGGAAAGCUUGGAAGUUGCUGAAGUUGAGAAAGUUGUUAAAGUCGACGAGGAAGCUGCUCUGAAAGUAGCGGCUGCUGCUGAAGAAAUAAAGACAGAGUGCGAUGAUGAUUUAUCAGCAGCUAUGCCGAUAUUAAAUGAGGCACAGUCCGCUCUGAAUACGUUAACGUCUACUGAUAUCGCCGUAGUAAGAUCUAUGAAAAAUCCCCCGGCUAAUGUCAAACUUGUUAUGGAAAGUAUUUGUAUUCUAAAAGAAAUAAAACCCGACAAAGUGCAAUCAGCCGACGGGAAAUCCUACGACGACUACUGGAAAGCAUCACUGAAAAUUCUAGCGGACGUAAAAUUUUUAGACUCGCUUGUACACUUUGACAAGGACAACAUUUCCAAUCACGUUAUCGAUAAAAUACGCCGCGAGUAUCUGACAAAUCCAAACUUUGAUCCCGAGAAAGUUAAAGUUUCAUCGACCGCGUGUGAGGGCUUGUGUAAGUGGGUCUUUGCGAUGUCUGAGUACGACAAAGUUGCUAAAGCUGUUGCUCCUAAGAAGAAAGCUUUGGCUGAGGCUCAAGAAGUUUACAAUGAUGCGAUGGAUAAAUUGUCCGCUAAGCGGGCUCAAUUGCGCGAGGUUCAGGGUAAACUAGGAGCUUUGGAAGCUGACUUGGCCUCCCGGAAAUCUGAGUAUCAAAAAAUGAUCGACAAAGUUACUGAUUGUGAACAGAAACUUAAGCGUGCGGAAGAACUGAUUGGGGGGCUGGGUGGCGAGUCUACUAGAUGGUCUCAAUGCGCCAAGGAAUUGGGCGAAAAGUAUGACAGUUUAACGGGUGACAUAAUAAUCGCAGCAGGUGUAAUCGCUUAUUUAGGAGUUUUUACAAUGUAUUACCGCAACAAACAAAUAAAAUCCUGGGUUGCUAAGUGCAAAAGUCUUAAUAUUGUCUGCACGGAAGACUUUUCUCUAAAAGAUGUUCUUGGUGAUCCAGUACAAAUACGGUCAUGGAGCAUCGCUGAGCUGCCCAAUGAUUCUUUUUCCAUCGAAAAUGGGAUAAUUAUUAAAAGCGCAAGAAGAUGGCCGCUGAUGAUUGACCCACAGAACCAAGCAAACAAGUGGAUCAAAAACAUGGAAAAGCCUAACAAUAUGAGCAUAAUUCGGCUUACUCAACCGGAUUAUUCACGAGUUUUAGAAAACGGGAUUCAGUUUGGUCAGCCGAUUUUGUUGGAAAAUGUCGGAGAAGAAUUGGACGCAAUGCUAGAGCCUGUGUUGCUCAAACAAACUUUUAAACAAGGUGGCGCUUUGUGUAUAAAGUUGGGAGACUCUGUUGUUGAGUACAAUACCAAUUUUAGACUUUUUAUUACUACCAAAUUAAGCAAUCCACAUUAUUUACCGGAAAUAGCUGUUAAAGUGACUUUGAUAAACUUUGUUAUAACCACAAGUGGUCUUGAAGAUCAAUUGCUUGGUAUUGUUGUGGCUAAAGAACGCCCGGACUUGGAAUCGGAAAGAAAUUCAUUAAUUAUUCAAGGCGCUGCUAAUAAGAAGUUGCUAAAAGAAACAGAAAAUAAAAUAUUAGAAAUCCUAUCAGUCGCCGAAGGGAAUAUUUUAGACGACGAAGACGGUGUGACAGUUUUGACUUCAUCAAAAGUACUCAGCAAUGACAUUCAAGCAAAGCAAGCAGCCGCGGAAGUAACUGAAAAAUCUAUAAACUCAACGAGACUCCAGUAUACGUCGAUAGCUGAAUAUUCAACGAUAUUAUUUUUCACGAUAGCGGUUCUAGCAAAAAUCGACCCGAUGUACCAGUACUCGUUAGCGUGGUUCGUUAAUUUGUUCAAAAUGUCAAUCGAUACUACCGGGCAGUCAGAGAGCUUGGAGGUGCAUUUAAAAGAAUUGACCAAAAACUUCACUCGUUCUCUUUACAUUAACAUCUGUAGAUCGCUUUUUGAGAAAGAUAAGCUGCUGUUUUCACUGCUGCUAUCAGUGCAGCUUAUGGAUAAAUUAAAAUCUCAUAUACCACCGGCUCAAUGGAUAUUUUUACUCACUGGAGGAGUGGGUCUUGACAAUCCUUUUCCGAACCCGUGCUCUUGGCUCCCGGCCAAACUGUGGGAUGAAUUGUGUCGGUUGGAUGACGUACCCGGGUUCAAGGGUAUCAAAGUAUCAUUUGAAACUGAGAAUAAAUUUUGGAAAAAUUUAUUUGACUCAAAAGAACCGCAUAUAGAAGCACUACCGCCGCCAUUUGAUAAAUUUACCAAUUUCCAAAGACUUUUGAUAUUAAGAUGUCUGCGGCCAGACAAAAUAAUAUCUGGCGUGCAGAAUUUUGUCCAGUUUGAAUUAGGACAAGAAUUUGUAGACCCGCCACCAUUUGAUCUGUUGUCUUCAUUCCACGACUCUAAUUGCACAAUACCUUUGAUAUUUAUUUUAACACCUGGAACGGAUCCAGCGCAAAUUCUGCUUAAAUUUUCCGACAGCCAGGGCUUUGGAACCAGCAGACUUUUCUCGCUGUCUUUGGGCCAAGGCCAAGGAUUAAUAGCGGAGCAAUUAAUAAACGACGGCGUUAAGUACGGGCACUGGAUUGUCCUCCAGAAUUGCCACUUGGCAAAAAGCUGGAUGGGGACUCUGGAAAAAAUAUGCGAAGGACUGUAUCCCGAUUCAAUACACCCGGACUUCCGGCUGUGGUUGACGAGCUAUCCAGUUAAUUACUUUCCCGUGACGGUGCUUCAAAACAGCGUCAAAAUAACCAACGAACCGCCAAAAGGCUUGCGGGCCAAUAUACUACGGUCCUAUUUGAGUGACCCUAUAAGCGACCCGGAGUUUUUUGACUCUUGCACUCAGCCAGUGGUUUUCAAAAAAUUGCUGUUCAGCCUUUGCUUCUUCCAUGCGAUCGUUCAAGAGCGACGUAAAUUUGGACCCAUCGGCUGGAAUACUGCCUAUGAAUUCAACGAAACAGAUCUACGAAUCAGUGUUCAACAAUUGCACAUUUUUUUGAAUCAGUACGAUGAUGUUCAGUUUGAAGCGCUCAAAUAUUUGACCGGGGAAUGUAAUUACGGUGGAAGAGUUACUGAUGUUUGGGAUCGCAGGACUUUGAAUACUAUUUUAUCCAAGUAUUAUUGCGAAAAAAUAAUAACAGAAGAUAAAUAUUAUUUCGACAAUACAACUGAAAUUUAUUGCUGUCCUAACGCCAAAGAAUACAACGUGUAUCUGGAGUACACAAAACAAUUGCCUUUAAUAACAUCUCCUAGCGUAUUUGGUAUGAACAACAACGCUGAUAUAAUAAAAGAUCAACAAGAGACUGAUUUAUUAUUUUCAUCAUUGUUAUUAACCGAGGAUCGAUGGGACUUGUGGGAACGUAAAGAAACAGCAAAAUCAACGGGAACAAAAGAAGCAACUUCUGACGAAAUAAUAAUAUCAGUAGCUACGGAUAUUUUAAGCAAAUUACCAGCCGACUUUAACUUAGACAAAGCACUUGAGAAGUACCCGACGUCAUACAACCAAAGUAUGAAUACAGUUUUAGUACAGGAGAUGGAUAGAUUCAAUAAAUUGCUCAAUUGUAUUCGUACUAGUCUUGUUAACGUGAAACGCGCUGUUAAAGGAUUUAUUGUUAUGUCUGUUGAACUAGAAGAGGUAGCAGAUGCCAUUUUAAAAGGAAAAUUAUCUUCUCUUUGGAAAAGACACUCUUAUCCUUCGCUCAAACCUUUGGGGAGUUAUAUUAAUGAUUUUAUACUACGAUUGAAGUUUCUGCAGGAUUGGUACGAGUCAGGAGCACCAAUAACCUUUUGGAUAGCCGGUUUUUAUUUCACUCAAGCAUUUUUAACCGGUGCAAGACAAAAUUACGCUAGAAAAUACCAUAUCCCGAUAGAUCUUUUGGCGUAUGACUUUAAAGUACUCAAAGAAACUAAUUUUACAAAUGCUCCAGAUGACGGAGUCUAUAUCAAUGGAUUGUUUUUAGACGGUGCAAGAUUUGAUAAAGAUAAAAUGAUUUUAGAUGAAAGUUUGCCAAAAAUUCUUUACGAUCAAGUUCCUCUUAUCUGGUUGCUUCCGAAGAAACGUGAAGAUAUAGUUAAGCACGAGACGUAUACCUGUCCGUUAUACAAGACCAGCGAGAGAAAAGGAACUCUGUCAACGACGGGACAUUCAACUAAUUUUGUAAUAGCUAUUAAUUUACCAACGAACAUGCCGGAAGACCAUUGGAUAAUCAGAGGGGUUGCUUUGCUUUGUCAGCUCAGUGAAUAAUCUUUAUUUUCAUCAUCAAAGCUUAUCAAUAUUUUAUAUUAAAGUAUUUUUGGAGAUAUUGUA